UGAACCGAAAUCGCUCAAAAAUCUUCUCUAACCCAAUGAAUCUGCCAAUCCUGACCAACAACAUCACUCAAAGCAGUAAUAUCUCAAGUAACUCCGUCCGGACUGCCAAAGGCCAAGAGACGAACAACCUGCAUAAAUAGUUUCACGAUUACCAAGACUCUUUAAGAACCAGGUGACUCAGAAAGAAAUGACUUCACUAUGUCCAAGUGAGGAUAAGGGAGAGGGCAAGAGACUUCUGAUGGUUAAACAGAAUACUGAUUACCUUAUUGCUAGACAACUCUCAGGUGAGAUGGAGUCCACCAUUUUUAAAAUCCAGCCUGGCAGCCGAGCGUCUAAUUAUGACAUUACGAGCCGAAGAAGUUCUGAAGUCAUUAGAAAUCCCAGUGAUAGCAACAAGUUGCUAUAUUUUGGCGGAAAUUUCCAAGAUAAUCAACAGUGAAAUGAAGAUAAAGGGUUUCAAGUGAUCUCCCCCAUAGGUGAGCAUAUCACUGAUGAAGAUGAGUCUAGCCGCUUCGCAAGUAAUUUCGGCACUUCUAAAUAAAAACAGAAAAGGCGUACCUACCUUUUGAGAUGCAGUUGAGAACCAGGAUUUGCGAAAACAGAGCAGUGCUGAUGAUUCCCCGAUGCCAUUUGCACUAGCGAUUAAUAACGAUGACAUGCAGGAUAACCAAAGUUAUCUAAAAUAAGAAAACAUCCGACUUUAUGGGGAAGCAGGAAAGUUUGAGCGAGUCUUCUUCUUUUAAUAAUAGCUCCGAAAGCGAUGAGACUGAAGAAGCUGAAGACUUUGCUAAUUCAGUCAAUUACAACAUUAACGUUCAAAGUUCCAAAGGGACUAACAUCUCUAAGGAGAAAAUAGUGCCCAUCAGUAAGAUAAAGAUGUUCAAAAGAUCUCAGACCAAGAUUUCUAAGCCUGGAAAGAGUUCACUGGAGAAAAAAGAUAUAGUAGGUAUUCUUAAGAAAACUGCAAGAAACAGGACCAAUAAUGACAAUAAUUCAACAAUCAAAUCACAAAAAUAAGAGUAUUUUCCUUAACACAAGAGAGCUCAAGAGUAGAGGGUCUACAGAUAAUGGCAUCAUUGUCCACCAAGUUGGUUCUUUCGCUUCUAACCACAAGCUAAAGUCCAUUAAACCUAAAAAGCCCAAGCCAUGCUAUGGAAACUCAGUGAAUUUAUUCAAAGUAGCCAGAGACUUACAUAAGUCAAUGGAUGAACAUUUGAAAACCCGAGGAUCGGCCUCAAAUUUACAUCCCAGAAAUGAGCUGAUAAAUCACGGAAAAUAAGGAGUUAUUAAAAAUAAUCAAGAAGCAUCGCUGGGGCUCAAAUUCUGCUCUGAGGAGAUCAAGAGUCAAUACCAGUGUGAAUUUACUCAAAUUAGCCAAAGACGUUUCAACUGGAUCGAUUCAGAAUAUUAAGAUGAACCUGAACAGAUCAAUGCCACGAUUAAUCAUGAAGCAGGGUAGCUCAGAAAUAAAAACCAAGAGAUCUAAGCCUAUUGUCAAUAGUGGGCUUAGGAAUGUGAAUACCCCACAACAUAUUUCAUAUGCAGCAAAUACUCCACUUAAAUCACGGCUUAUGAACUCAAGGAAAUAUUCUUCUAAAUUUUCUGAGUUUUGCAAAUUUCAAGACCAUCAGAACAUGGCUUCUAGAAUGAUUGACGAAGAAAGUAAAGGGACAGGGGAACAGAGUUAUUGACCUAAGCGCAACUACAGCUCUAUUGCCCUAGACCACCCUCUUGGGUACGGUUGGGACAGGGAUAUACCAGAAUAUGGAGAUGAUGAUCAAACUCUUGAAAUAUCAGUAAAUGCUUCUACAUACCUAGGAUUUGAUACUCACAAAGCUAGAGAAACUUAUCAAAAUAGGCUAAACGGUCCUAUUAUGCAUGAUACUUGGAAAGGACUUAAUCCAAACAGAUUUGUCAGUGCUUUUCAAGACCAGGUUGUUCACAACAAUCAGACUAAUAUCUCAAAUUCUACAAUUAUUAAUGAAGGAAAUGGAGCACUGAAAGAGAAUGACUUAGAAAGCGAUAUAAUAUGUACAGAAAAGUUACCAAUUUCUCUGGAAAACUCCAAUAAUCAUCAUGAUCACUUGUAUUACGCUGGCAAGCCUCCAAAAUAACUCGUUAAAAUAAAAUUUCUUCUGAACAAAUCCCUUCUUCAGGCAGUAUUUUCAAAAUAACACAGAUUCAAACUCCCAAGGACUUGUAGUAAUGUGCACAAAAAUAAAGAAAAAUAUGG